GGAAGGAACCAUCGCUCUUCGCGAAAAAGAAAAUAAAAUAUCUACAGCCCUUUUAGCCUUGGCGUUUAAGCAAACGAAGUUAUUCCUACUCGGACAUAGUCGUUUUUACAAUUCAACUUUGAUUUGAUAACUGAUUGGCAUAACAAUGGAACCAUCCCAAAACGAACAUGGAAACCUCCAAAUAGGACAGAAUUCCAAACCUCCAGCAAACGAAGUUUCACAAGGAAAAACUGGCAUACACGGGACCUCCUAUCACCUGCGAGUGGCACUGGUGAUAAUGCUUCGUGCCAUUGACCUGCGUCGAAAAGGUAAAUUAUUCGACUUUAAGUUCACCAUGGAAGACCCUAACGCUGGCAAAUUUGAUGACGUCGUGUUUCGCUACUCUUUGUCGUCGACACCGGAAGAAUUCGAUUGUGUUUAUAUUCAGGCAAAACAUAUGCAGGUGAAAAAAACAUCAAUCACAAAGGAUGCUUUGCUCACGAAAUGGAACACUAAGGCCCAAUUUUCAAUUCCUAAGUAUUUUACGUCGUAUUUGCACGGAUAUGAUCCAUCUUUGAAGGGUUCCCAUACAUACAUUUUGUGCACCAACCAAUCAUUUGAUAAAAAACUCCUUAAUAAUAAUAAUUUUGUUCCGCGAGAGCCUGACGCCGACAACAUUCUAUCAUUCUGCAAGGUCAUAGAAGCAACGUGUUACAGAUUUAAUAGUCAAACAGAAAUUGAAAGUUUGAAGGAUGAGCUAAGAAUGGCUAGUUUAGAAAAGCUAGGAUGCAUGAUCGCAGAUUAUGUCCACAAGAAAAAGCAAAUGCCAUCGAACAUUUAUAUGUUCAAGAUUAACGUUAAUUUGAUUGCUAAAUGUGUCGAAAUUCAUGAUUCUGGAACACUUCAAUUCAAUGAAGAGUUUCGAGCUGCAGAUGAAUCAACACUCGUAGGAAGAUUAGGAUCCGGUUUUGUGCAGGAGUACAUCAAACUUACGAGGAAAAACGAAGUGAAUUGGGAAAAUGUUAGAAUUAAGGUAGAUCCAUCAUUUUCCGAAUCCAUUCUAGAUAUUGACAAGAAUUCAUUGUACGGCGAAACGCAAUACUAUGAAAUGGUUGACGUAAUCAUUCAACAGUUCUUCGAUAAGUUCAUGUUCGUGAGUGGAUCAAUGAGUGAAACGGAAAUGUUAAAGAAGAUUAACGAUUUAAUGCCACCAUGGAUGAGCAAUCGUGAAAGCACGUACAACAGUCUGCUCAGGUUGCUAUUGGACAGUAUGAAUAAAUCAACUCACAUAAAAUGGCAGGACUUGAAACAACACUUUGUUGAAACCAAUACCAAUGAAAUUUUUACCAUGGUUCGAUCAUCUACAAAUGAGUAUCUUGAUGCAAUGCAUGUCAGAUAUUCUGAUAUCAAUGUAGAACCAAAUCGUCUUAAAAAUGCACUGUAUGAUUUCAUUAACAAUACACCGCGUUAUGAUGUUUAUCCUUACCGUCACACAACGAAUAUGCAAGUGAACUGUUUAAUUGUUGCACAAACCUUGGCUUUGCGUCACUAUCGGUGUCUUUUUGUGGACGUCACUUCAUCCAAGUUUAAAGACAAAAUGUUUGAUGUCAUUGAUAAACUGAUGGAGUUCUUUGCAGCGGUUGAUCUAUCCAGUGAAUACAUUGUAACAAUUCUUGGACAGCAAGAAAGCGCUAUGCUUGGUGCAAUUAGACAUUGCACAGAGUCGUAUAAGACGAAAAUAAUCAUAGUAGAAGCAGCAACCGCAGACGACCUGUCGAAAGGUCGUUUGUUCGUUAGCGAUCUUACCGAGGAAGCCAGGAAGCAGUUGUUUGAGCAACAUGAUCACUUCAACCUGUUUGGAACGACUACUGCCCUAGACGCACUUGUGAGAGAUAAUGAUAGUUUGAGCUUGUUAUUCGAUGUUUUAGAUAAAAGUGGCAAAAUCGAAAUGGCAGAAAAUGUGAACGUAAAGAACUUUGAAAAAAUUGCAUCUUGGUACAUUCCGCGCUCCUGUGCACCAUACUCUGAAGAUAAGCAAAAAUUUGAACCGCAUUUGGUUGAACAGGAAAUCACUGCAGUAAUGCUACAAUCAAUCAUAGCCCAAAAACAGCAAGCUAGUCGAUUUCCUGCAGCUUUUAACAAUGUGAACAAUGGUAAAAUUCAUAUCUUUUUAGAUGAAGCCGGUUAUGGAAAAUCCACCUAUUUUACGUGGCUGGCAUCUGCCAUCUCGAAAGACAAUGCAUCGUUGUAUGUCAUUCGAAUGAAUGCUUUAGAACAUUCUCCUGAUUUCUCUGAUUUACAACAUUUAAACCCUGAAUCCCUUGAUGAUACACAAAUAAUCAGAAUCUUCUAUUGUCUUUGGCAUAUGACUCUCAUCGUUCCUAACAUCAAUAUUAGAUCAACUAAACAACUCGUUAACGAGAGAAAGAAGGCAAAAGACUUAGCAGAACAUUUAAGUGUUUCAAACAAUUCAAUUCAAAUUGAUGACGGAUUGAUGAAAGAAACACAACUAUCUGUUGACCUACUACUACAGUUGCGAUUCUUUGUAAGCAAACUUAACGGUCAGCAGUCAGUUUGUUUAUUAGACGGGGUUGACGAAAUAGCACCCCAUUACAAGGAUUUUGUUAUGGCAUAUUUCGCAAGAUUGGCUACUCUUCAUGGCAUUCGAAAUUUGUAUCUCUCGACUAGACCAUACAAUUUUACAGACGAAUUUAAGUACACUUUCUCUGGUUGUAAAAUGUGGCGAAUUGUACCCUUUUCUCAGACCGAUCGAGUACUAUUUUUCAUCAACUAUCUAGAGCGAGAAAUGGAAGAGUACAAAAUAAGCAAUGAAGACCUUCAGUUAAAGAUUUUGAAAAGUAUGUACACGUUUACAAACAACAGUAUACCAGAUAUGAAAAUCAUACCACUUUAUCUGGAUAUGGCCGCCAAUAUCUUCCUAUCGAAAGUAAAAACUCGUCAAAGCGUUCGAGGGCAAGCAGUGUCUACCGAACUGUUCGAAGAAACAAAGUUUGAUCAGUUACAAAUUAUAAGCUAUUUCAUAGACGAAAAAUUGAGAAUACGAAAUAACGAAAAGGCAGGAGACAUAGAUUUUGCAUCUAAAACUCCCGUUCAAAUAGAAUCACAUGUUAAAGCAAACAAUGAUUUAAAAAGCGGUCAUGCUCUGCUGGCCAUGUUGGUCAUUUUUAACAAAAGAGUUAACGACAUCUUGUUCACCGACGACGAACGCAAGCAAGCUGUCGGGUUUAUGCGGGAAGUAGUUGUAGGGAAUGAAAAGACUGGGAUUAUUCGAGAAAUUCGAGAUGAUGUACCCCAAUUCAGUCAUCGCAUUUUCGCUGAAUAUUUUUCAGCCUAUUGGAUAUACAGCAAUAAACAUCGCAUGAGAAGUGAGAGCUUCUUCCGAUCGUGGGAAUAUUGGGGUGUCGAGGAGUACCGCACUCGGGAUUUUCUUAAUCAUUUGAUACUAAGAGAUUGUGCGAGAGAGCGAAAUGAUAUUCACAUGGCUAUAAUCAAUCAAUCGGAACAACAGCUCCGUGAGCUGCUGUCCAAUGAUUCUUCUGUUGCAUUAUUGAAAGAUGCCGUUGGUCGUUUACCGCUUCACUUGGCAGUGAUAUAUCCUUCAAUAACAAUACAGAAAUUGCUUAUAGAAAAAACGCCUCGACAGUCUAUUAAUACGAAAGAUGACCUUUUAGGGUGGACCGCUUUAGAUUACGCAUUUGCCAUGAGGUGCAGUACAGCCGUCAAUGCUCUACUUACUGCUGAAGCUGAUGUGAAUAGGGACGCACUGCUUAAACAGAUAUUAUCAAACAAGUUAAAUCAUAUUUUAAUUAUUGCACACGAAAUCGACGUAUUGUUAAAGUUCCGUCACGAUCAUUUCCACACAAUUAUAAAACAAGUUCUCUUAGACCUAGUUGAAAAUUUGCUGAAUGAAAAACGUCUUAAAACACUUGUUAAUCAUAGAGAGCUUGAAUAUUUGACGGUCUUAGAGUACUGCUCGAAGUACAAUAUGAUUGGAUUGUUCGAGCAAUUGCUAUCUCAAAUUCGCAAACAAAGAAUGAUUUCAACGCAAGAAAUCAAUCAAGUUUUUAAAAUAGCAUCGGAGAACAAAGCACAUGAUAUAGUUGUACAUUUAACAGAACAAAUUUAUACGCUUCUUCCCGAACUAGAAAGUAUUCCUGGGCACAUUGCUGCUGUACGAGAUUCUAUCCAUGAAAAUUACAGCUAUUUAUUUCCACACAUUUUUAACGCAUUGUGCCUCCGUAUCAACACUCAUAUGGUAGACGAUACAGGCAUUGUCGUAGACGAUUAUACUCCGGGUGAUGACAGCAUACCACCGUUGGAUAAAAAACACUAUCCCAAAACUUGUUGUGUACAAAGUUCCACGAACGUUGGAAUGCCGUUGCCUGAAUAUGAUGAGAAAGAUAUCCUGAACGAAGGACACGUUAUCGAAGCUCUUCUCGCCACAGCAGUGCAUGAGGGGAACUUGCCGAUGGUGAAAUACAUUGUGCAGAAGACCAACAUGGCCAUCUCCAACAGAACCAUUGUGAUGGUCAUGAGAUUGUUACCGAAGAAGGAUGAUAUUUGUCAUGAGAAGUCGAUGGAUGCAUUCUCAUAUCUUCUGGAAAGAACGACCGAUCGGGAUAGUACCGACGACCAGGGUCGUAACCUUCUUCAUAUGACGGCUCAAAAUGGAUGUUUCUUCAUGUUGCGCUGUUUGAUCGCCAACGGGUUUGAUGCAGCAACGGCUAACAUAAGCAACGGUUGGAACGUCUUUCACUAUAUUGCGUUCAAUCAGGAUGAAGAUCGCACUGAUAAAAUAUUGGAAUUCUUGUUGAUUAAAGGCUACAUGCAUUGGUUCGAUGAUUUGGACCGUAUGGUCGACUCAGAGAGCAAUUUGCUAAAAGCAUGCACAAAUCAAAACACACAAAGUAAGGAAAAGCUCAACAAAAAACAGUAUGCCCUGCUAGCGUUGUACGUCAUAUUCAGUAAAGAGGACUUAGCUAAGCUGUUGUCCGACCCGGAACAGCAGGAAGCUAUGCAAUGUUUGCGGGAAGCAGGUCAGAGUAAUGCGAAGACUAGUAUUAUUCAACAAGUUCGCGAUGGUAUUCCCAAGUUUGCUCAAGUAAUAUUUGCGGAGUAUUAUGCUGCCUGUUGGAUAUUCGACAAUCAACAACGCAUGCGAAGUGAGAGCUUCUUCCGAUCGUGGACAUUUUGGACUGGAUACAGCGGAAGCAGUAAACAAUACCGAACUCGUGAUUUCCUAAAUCGUUUAAUAACAAAAGAUAGUGAGAGGUGUGAUCUUCACUUGGCUGUAAUCAAUCAAUCAGCACAACAAGUUCGUGCGUUACUCUCCAAGCAUCCUUCGGUUGUAUUCGAGAAGGAUGCCGUUGGUCGAUUACCGCUUCACUUAGCAGUGACAUAUUCAUCCGAAGAGAUAGUACAUAUGCUGACAGAAAAAAUGUCUCGUCAGGCAGUAAAUACAAAAGAUAAAUUUUUCCAGUGGACCGCUUUGGACUAUGCAUUUGCAAGUCGUUACGAAGAUACAGUACAACACCUGCUAACUGUUGGAGCAGUGGUGGAUGAGGACAACUUGCUCCAACAGAUAUUGUCAAACAAUUUACGGAGUUUAAUAACGGGUGCACAUUACUAUGCAGACUUUUUAAACUCUCAUGACCACUCCAGGGCGAUUGCGAAUCGACUACUCGUUCGAUCAGUAGAAUAUUUGCUCUACGAAAAACAGUUUGACGUGUUUUCUCGCCAUACGGAACUCGAAUCUUUGACAGUCUUAGAGUAUUGCUCGAAGUAUAAUAUGAUCGGUAUAUUCAAACAUCUUGUUUCCCAAUUGAGCAUUCGGGAAAGAAUAUCAACCGAACUUUCGAGUCAGUUGUUUCAAAUAGCAUCGGAGAACAAUGCACAUGAUAUUAAAACAUAUUUUGUGGAUGAAAACAAUUCGCUUCUUCCCCAAAUGAAAUCUGUGGCUGAGCUCAUCUCUGCCGUUAAGUCUUGUAUCAAUCGCAAUAAAAUCAGCUCAUUCAAGAGCCUUUUUCAUGCACUGUGCCUCCGUAUCAACACUCAUAUAGUAGCCGAUACAGACAUUGUCGUAGACGAUUAUGCUCCGGGUGAUGACAGCAUACCACCGUUGGAUAAAAAACACUAUCCAAAAAUUUGUUGUGUACAAAGUUCCACGAACGUUGGAAUGCCGUUGCCUGAAUAUGAUGAGAAAGAUAUCCUGAACGAAGGACACGUUAUCGAAGCUCUUCUCGCCACAGCAGUGCAUGAGGGGAACUUGCCGAUGGUGAAAUACAUUGUGCAGAAGACCAACAUGGCCAUCUCCAACAGAACCAUUGUGAUGGUCAUGAGAUUGUUACCGAAGAAGGAUGAUAUUUGUCAUGAGAAGUCGAUGGAUGCAUUCUCAUAUCUUCUGGAAAGAACGACCGAUCGGGAUAGUACCGACGACCAGGGUCGUAACCUUCUUCAUAUGACGGCUCAAAAUGGAUGUUUCUUCAUGUUGCGCUGUUUGAUCGCCAACGGGUUUGAUGCAGCAACGGCUAACAUAAGCAACGGUUGGAACGUCUUUCACUAUAUUGCGUUCAAUCAGGAUGAAGAUCGCACUGAUAAAAUAUUGGAAUUCUUGUUGAUUAAAGGCUACAUGCAUUGGUUCGAUGAUUUGGACCGUAUGGUCGACUCAGAUAGCAAUUUGCUAGAAGCAUGCACAAAUCAAAACACACAAAGUAAGGAAAAGCUCAACAAACAACAGUAUGCUCUGCUAGCGUUGUACGUCAUAUUCAGUAAAGAGGACUUAGCUGAGCUGUUGUUCGACCCGGAACAGCAGGAAGCUAUGCAAUGCUUGCGGAAAGCAGGUCAGAGUAAUGCGAAGGCUAGUAUUAUUCAACAAGUUCGCGAUGGUAUUCCCAAGUUUGCUCAAGUAAUAUUUGCGGAGUAUUAUGCUGCCUGUUGGAUAUUCGACAAUCAACAACGCAUGCGAAGUGAGAGCUUCUUCCGAUCGUGGACAUUUUGGACUGGAUACAGCGGAAGCAGUAAACAAUACCGAACUCGUGAUUUCCUAAAUCGUUUAAUAACAAAAGAUAGUGAGAGGUGUGAUCUUCACUUGGCUGUAAUCAAUCAAUCAGCACAACAAGUUCGUGCGUUACUCUCCAAGGAUCCUUCGGUUGUAUUCGAGAAGGAUGCCGUUGGUCGAUUACCGCUUCACUUAGCAGUGACAUAUUCAUCCGGAGAGAUAGUAAAUAUGCUGACAGAAAAAAUGUCUCGUCAGGCAGUAAAUACAAAAGAUAAAUUUUUCCAGUGGACCGCUUUGGACUAUGCAUUUGCAAAUCUUUACGAAGAUACAGUACAACACCUGCUAACUGUUGGAGCAGUGGUGGAUGAGGACAACUUGCUCCAACAGAUAUUGUCAAACAAUAUAUUUUCGUUAAUAUGGGGUGCACAUCUUUAUGCAGACUUUUUAAACUCUCAUGACCACUCCAGGGCGAUUGCGAAUCGACUACUCGUUCGAUCAGUAGAAUAUUUGCUCUACGAAAAACAGUUUGACGUGUUUUCUCGCCAUACGGAACUCGAAUCUUUGACAGUCUUAGAGUAUUGCUCGAAGUAUAAUAUGAUCGGUAUAUUCAAACAUCUUGUUUCCCAAUUGAGCAUUCGGGAAAGAAUAUCAACCGAACUUUCGAGUCAGUUGUUUCAAAUAGCAUCGGAGAACAAUGCACAUGAUAUUAAAACAUAUUUUGUAGAUGAAAACAAUUCGCUUCUUCCCCAAAUGAAAUCUGUGGCUGAGCUCAUCUCUGCCGUUAAGUCUUGUAUCAAUCGCAAUCAAAUCAGCUCAUUCAAGGGUCUUUUUCACGCACUGUGCCUCCGUAUCAACACUAAUAUUGUAGACGAUACAGACAUUGUCGUAGACGAUUAUGCUCCGGGUGAUGACAGCAUACCACCGUUGGAUAAAAAACACUAUCCCAAAACUUGUUGUGUACAAAGUUCCACGAACGUUGGAAUGCCGUUGCCUGAAUAUGAUGAGAAAGAUAUCCUGAACGAAGGACACGUUAUCGAAGCUCUUCUCGCCACAGCAGUGCAUGAGGGGAACUUGCCGAUGGUGAAAUACAUUGUGCAGAAGACCAACAUGGCCAUCUCCAACAGAACCAUUGUGAUGGUCAUGAGAUUGUUACCGAAGAAGGAUGAUAUUUGUCAUGAGAAGUCGAUGGAUGCAUUCUCAUAUCUUCUGGAAAGAACGACCGAUCGGGAUAGUACCGACGACCAGGGUCGUAACCUUCUUCAUAUGACGGCUCAAAAUGGAUGUUUCUUCAUGUUGCGCUGUUUGAUCGUCAAAGGGUUCGAUCCAGCAACGGCUAACAUAAGCAACGGUUGGAACGUCUUUCACUAUAUUGCGUUCAAUCAGGAUGAAGAUCGCACUGAUAAAAUAUUGGAAUUCUUGUUGAUUAAAGGCUACAUGCAUUGGUUCGAUGAUUUGGACCGUAUGGUCGACUCAGAUAGCAAUUUGCUAGAAGCAUGCACAAAUCAAAACACACAAAGUAAGGAAAAGCUCAACAAACAACAGUAUGCUCUGCUAGCGUUGUACGUCAUAUUCAGUAAAGAGGACUUAGCUGAGCUGUUGUUCGACCCGGAACAGCAGGAAGCUAUGCAAUGCUUGCGGGAAGCAGGUCAGAGUAAUGCGAAGACUAGUAUUAUUCAACAAGUUCGCGAUGGUAUUCCCAAGUUUGCUCAAGUAAUAUUUGCGGAGUAUUAUGCUGCCUGUUGGAUAUUCGACAAUCAACAACGCAUGCGAAGUGAGAGCUUCUUCCGAUCGUGGACAUUUUGGACUGGAUACAGCGGAAGCAGUAAACAAUACCGAACUCGUGAUUUCCUAAAUCGUUUAAUAACAAAAGAUAGUGAGAGGUGUGAUCUUCACUUGGCUGUAAUCAAUCAAUCAGCACAACAAGUUCGUGCGUUACUCUCCAAGGAUCCUUCGGUUGUAUUCGAGAAGGAUGCCGUUGGUCGAUUACCGCUUCACUUAGCAGUGACAUAUCUAUCCGGAGAGAUAGUAAAUAUGCUGACAGAAAAAAUGUCUCGUCAGGCAGUAAAUACAAAAGAUAAAUUUUUCCAGUGGACCGCUUUGGACUAUGCAUUUGCAAGUCGUUACGAAGAUACAGUACAACACCUGCUAACUGUUGGAGCAGUGGUGGAUGAGGACAACUUGCUCCAACAGAUAUUGUCAAACAAUUUACGGAGUUUAAUAACGGGUGCACAUUACUAUGCAGACUUUUUAAACUCUCAUGGCCACUCCAGGGCGAUUGCGAAUCGACUACACGUUCGAUCAGUAGAAUAUUUGCUCUACGAAAAACAGUUUGACGUGUUUUCUCGCCAUACGGAACUCGAAUCUUUGACAGUCUUAGAGUAUUGCUCGAAGUAUAAUAUGAUCGGUAUAUUCAAACAUCUUGUUUCCCAAUUGAGCAUUCGGGAAAGAAUAUCAACCGAACUUUCGAGUCAGUUGUUUCAAAUAGCAUCGGAGAACAAUGCACAUGAUAUUAAAACAUAUUUUGUAGAUGAAAACAAUUCGCUUCUUCCCCAAAUGAAAUCUGUGGCUGAGCUCAUCUCUGCCGUUAAGUCUUGUAUAAAUCGCAAUCAAAUCAGCUCAUUCAAGGGUCUUUUUCACGCACUGUGCCUUCGUAUCAACACUAAUAUUGUAGACGAUACAGACAUUGUCGUAGACGAUUAUGCUCCGGGUGAUGACAGCAUACCACCGUUGGAUAAAAAACACUAUCCCAAAACUUGUUGUGUACAAAGUUCCACGAACGUUGGAAUGCCGUUGCCUGAAUAUGAUGAGAAAGAUAUCCUGAACGAAGGACACGUUAUCGAAGCUCUUCUCGCCACAGCAGUGCAUGAGGGGAACUUGCCGAUGGUGAAAUACAUUGUGCAGAAGACCAACAUGGCCAUCUCCAACAGAACCAUUGUGAUGGUCAUGAGAUUGUUACCGAAGAAGGAUGAUAUUUGUCAUGAGAAGUCGAUGGAUGCAUUCUCAUAUCUUCUGGAAAGAACGACCGAUCGGGAUAGUACCGACGACCAGGGUCGUAACCUUCUUCAUAUGACGGCUCAAAAUGGAUGUUUCUUCAUGUUGCGCUGUUUGAUCGCCAACGAGUUUGAUGCAGCAACGGCUAACAUAAGCAACGGUUGGAACGUCUUUCACUAUGUUGCGUUCAAUCAGGAUGAAGAUCGCACUGAUAAAAUAUUGGAAUUCUUGUUGAUUAAAGGCUACAUGCAUUGGUUCGAUGAUUUGGACCGUAUGGUCGACUCAGAUAGCAAUUUGCUAGAAGCAUGCACAAAUCAAAACACACAAAGUAAGGAAAAGCUCAACAAACAACAGUAUGCUCUGCUAGCGUUGUACGUCAUAUUCAGUAAAGAGGACUUAGCUAAGCUGUUGUCCGACCCGGAACAGCAGGAAGCUAUGCAAUGUUUGCGGGAAGCAGGUCAGAGUAAUGCGAAGGCUAGUAUUAUUCAACAAGUUCGCGAUGGUAUUCCCAAGUUUGCUCAAGUAAUAUUUGCGGAGUAUUAUGCUGCCUGUUGGAUAUUCGACAAUCAACAACGCAUGCGAAGUGAGAGCUUCUUCCGAUCGUGGACAUUUUGGACUGGAUACAGCGGAAGCAGUAAACAAUACCGAACUCGUGAUUUCCUAAAUCGUUUAAUAACAAAAGAUAGUGAGAGGUGUGAUCUUCACUUGGCUGUAAUCAAUCAAUCAGCAGAACAAGUUCGUGCGUUACUCUCCAAGCAUCCUUCGGUUGUAUUCGAGAAGGAUGCCGUUGGUCGAUUACCGCUUCACUUAGCAGUGACAUAUCUAUCCGGAGAGAUAGUAAAUAUGCUGACAGAAAAAAUGUCUCGUCAGGCAGUAAAUACAAAAGAUAAAUUUUUCCAGUGGACCGCUUUGGACUAUGCAUUUGCAAAUCGUUACGAAGAUACAGUACAACACCUGCUAACUGUUGGAGCAGUGGUGGAUGAGGACAACUUGCUCCAACAGAUAUUGUCAAACAAUUUACGGAGUUUAAUAACGAGUGCACAUUACUAUGCAGACUUUUUAAACUCUCAUGGCCACUCCAGGGCGAUUGCGAAUCGACUACACGUUCGAUCAGUAGAAUAUUUGCUCUACGAAAAACAGUUUGACGUGUUUUCUCGCCAUACGGAACUCGAAUCUUUGACAGUCUUAGAGUAUUGCUCGAAGUAUAAUAUGAUCGGUAUAUUCAAACAUCUUGUUUCCCAAUUGAGCAUUCGGGAAAGAAUAUCAACCGAACUUUCGAGUCAGUUGUUUCAAAUAGCAUCGGAGAACAAUGCACAUGAUAUUAAAACAUAUUUUGUAGAUGAAAACAAUUCGCUUCUUCCCCAAAUGAAAUCUGUGGCUGAGCUCAUCUCUGCCGUUAAGUCUUGUAUAAAUCGCAAUCAAAUCAGCUCAUUCAAGGGUCUUUUUCACGCACUGUGCCUCCGUAUCAACACUAAUAUUGUAGACGAUACAGACAUUGUCGUAGACGAUUAUGCUCCGGGUGAUGACAGCAUACCACCGUUGGAUAAAAAACACUAUCCCAAAACUUGUUGUGUACAAAGUUCCACGAACGUUGGAAUGCCGUUGCCUGAAUAUGAUGAGAAAGAUAUCCUGAACGAAGGACACGUUAUCGAAGCUCUUCUCGCCACAGCAGUGCAUGAGGGGAACUUGCAGAUGGGGAAAUACAUUGUACAGAAGACCAACAUGGCCAUCUCCAACAGAACCAUUGUGAUGGUCAUGAGAUUGUUACCGAAGAAGGAUGAUGUUUGUCAUGAGAAGUCGAUGGAAGCAUUCUCAUAUCUUCUGGAAAGAACGACCGAUCGGGAUAGUACCGACGACCAGGGUCGUAACCUUCUUCAUAUGACGGCUCAAAAUGGAUGUUUCUUCAUGUUGCGCUGUUUGAUCGUCAAAGGGUUUGAUGUAACGGUAGUAAACCAGAAAAAUGAUGAUGAUGUUUUUCAUUACGUUGCUUUCGAUCAGGAUGAGGAUCGUAAACAAAAAAAGGUUGAACUAAUUGUUGAGAAAAUGAGGCAACUACAGCGAGUUACUUUGGUUUCUUCAGUAAAUGUUGGAUGAAAUACGCGUUCAGAUUUUGACUUACAAUAAACUGAUUGGAUAGAUCAUAUAACAGAACGGAACUGAUGAGAGACCAUAUAAUUUUUAAACUGAUUCAGAUUUGCAAUAAACAAUAGUUCAACCGUAGAAUUAAACGCCGCAUAGUCCUUGACUUCUGAGGCCCAAAACGUUUGAGGACUUUAUAUUGUAGACGAUACCUUGUGUUAUGCGGUCGCUUUACUGUCCCACCGUUGUCCUAAGACUUGAACGAGUGCAAAAAUCAUUAAAAGUCCUUGCUAUCCAAUUCGUUGUCAAGAAUAGGGGCGGGACAGUCUUGAAGUGAAAUAAUACGCUCCCAUGCCAAGCCCUUUUCAUCUCCUCAACCCUGCUCAAUAAUUCGACGUCUCUAGGCUAUUUUCCACAUUAAAACUUUACGUUCCUUGCUGUAUGCUUCGAUCCCGUACCUCUUCCAUAUACGUUAAGAAUAGUUAUUAAACUUAGUUUGUUUAAUAGCUUAGAUAUGUCGUUAGAUUAGUUGUUAAGUUUAUAAAUUCAU